GGUAACCCGGAGGAAACUCGCGUAGAACACAGACCCUACAAGUGCCACACAAGAAGGCAAGGAAUCAAACCCAGGUCCUGCUGUCAGGCACAAAUGUUAACACCGUGCCAAGUUGUCACCCAAACGGGGGGCGGGUAUCAAGCACGCAUCUUCAGGGGGCAUGACUGCACUCCUGCAUGACACGACUCACUGUUCUGGUUGAGCAAGUUACCGUUGAACAUAUUCGCUGCCACUUCCAGGUGAAAAAAACAAAUGUGCAUCGCUGUAGACAAAAGGGUGCAUGCCCUCUGCCAGUCUUGCCUGAACCUGCCGAAACCUGUGGCUUCCUUCCCCGUCACCUGCCGCUCCUCGCGGAGUUGUGGAGGAGGGGGUGGGGGUUAUUAAGGAGCCACCGUCUCGUAUUCCCCACGUGGCUUUGCGGCUCUUGGAAUAUUGAGGGUUUUUUUGUUACCAAAUACGAAGCAAAUUGGCUCGAUUUGUUAUUUUGAUUGUCUACCACUGCCUUAGGCCCUCGUGUGUUGUAGGCCCUCGUGUUUUGUAGGCCCUCCCUUAGGCCCUCCAUUCCACAUUGCAGUGACAGCUGAGCGACAGUACCGCGGCCAUCCGAACGUUUUUUUUGUUAUCUUUGAAUUAUGAUGACAUCAGUCACGACUUAGCUAAAGCUAUGGAGAGAAAAAAUAUGUAUUGUUUGAAGAAAUGAGUGGCAGCGAGUGAUUUCUCUUUGAUGGAUUUGCCCAUUUCCACAAGCUCAACGGAGGCCUACCUACUCGCCAUCAACACAGCAGGGCCGGAAUCAACCGCUUGGUUUAGGGAAUUUGCAUCCGCUGAAUAAAAUAAACUUGAAUAUCUUGAACGGGUUAACCUAUAACAUUCACCGGGGUUACCAAAGCAACGUCAGCUCAAAUUCGUUGUCCAUGACAAAGCGGCCUCAAUCGUGGACACGGAAGCCACCGGAUUCUCUCACCGUCGAAUGUCAACACCUGCAGCUUGGCAGGAAGCCCGCAAGGCACACCGAGUCAAAUUGAAGCAUUGCGUGGCCACAUUCCUCACCGUGCUGAUGCAGGGUGCUAUAAAUAUAAAGGCCGUGCGACGUUCGUAUCUGUGAGAGUGUGGCAGCAUCGGUCGCGGCAGGCUUUGAUGACGGACGUGAUGUCGACCUCUCUUCAUUACCUCGUUUUAGCCUCCUGUCUGCUAUUUCAAGGCGCAGCCGGGCAGACGACGUCCGCUACGGCCGCCCCCGCCCAAACGUCGCCGAGCGGUGGCUCGCCCAGCUCCAAUGGCACGCAGGCACCGCUCAGCUGCCAUGAGGAGCUGAAUGCAUCGGUGGGCCAGUUCCGCUACGACACAAGCAUGGGCCCCAGCUGCAGCUGGGACAUUACUGUGCCCUCCGGAAGAGUCGUCACCAUCGUCUUCUUCAGGACCGGCAACUGCAGCGGCAGUGUAACAGUUCGCGAUGGCAGCAAUGCCACCACGGAGCUGCCCCGGAGCUGUGCAUCUGGCAACUACCACAGCUACUCAUCGCCCGCCGGCGGCGGCGGCAGCACCGUGAGCGUCGCCGUCGACACAAGCCGCCUGGGUGGCAACUACUUCGACUUGAGCGGCUUCUACUACGCAUCUCCAGCCGAUGCGCUCUGCGGAGGCGUCAUCGAGCUGGCAGAAGAGACCAUACUGUCACCGGGCUUCCCAGGCAACUACCCUAGCCGUGUCGAGUGCUUCUGGACUCUGUUGGCGCCACCGGACUACGGGUAUACACUGUCCGUGUACGACUUCCGUGUGAAUGCAGUCAAUGGGUCAGAAAGCCCGAACCACCGGCCGGGAUGUCUGGGCAAUUCGGUGACGGUGUACAACGGCGAUGGGGUGCACACACCCAUCCUGGACGUGCUGUGCAGGAACACACAAUCCAGCCAAAUUUUGAAGUCCCAGGGAAGCAUGCUGAUCCACUUCAAGUCAGAGCUACAAAACCCCACUGGCUCAUUCAACUUGAACUUCAGGCAGAUCCGUACAGUCUCGUGCGGCAGAACAUUCAAUGGGACGGACGGUUCAUUCUCCACCAACUCGUCGACCCUCGACCCCUGCUACUGGCUGAUUGAGACCAGCCUCGACAAAGUUGUUUCUCUGAGCGGCAAUUUUUGUGGGUCUUACGAGAUCCAUGACGGGCAGUCCAUCGCAGCACCACUGCUGGGCAGCCAUGGCGCCGGCUCCAACUGCGACUCCGUAAGCGCCCUCGCUUCCGGACCCGCGGUGGUGCUCGUCACCUACGACCGCUUCCAGGUCACCUACGAAGCAGCAGAAAAGCGCACGUCCUUAGACUGUGACUUUGAGCUUGGGUUCUGUGGAUGGACGCCCGUGGAUGAAGAUCAGUUCCACUGGGGGAUCUACAAGCACCGCCAAUCCACGAAUCCCUACGGCGACCUCUACCCAUCCAGUGGCUCUUUCGUUGGGCUCAUCAGCCCUGAGACCCAGUCUACGUGGAGUCUGCUCAGCCCUCCUGUGGUGAACACAAGCGGCUCCCAGUGCCUGAGCUUCUGGUUCCGAAUCAGCGGGGCUCUCGGCUCCCUGGGCUUGUACGCGACGGACGGCAGCUCCUCGCAGCGCUCUCUGCUAUGGGAGGCCUUCCCCUUGCCUGGCAUUCGCGAGCGCUGGGGCACCGGGCUCGUCAAUAUCAGCUACAUGCACUACCAGCUGGAGUUUGUGGCCGACUCGCACGCCCAGACACUCUACGCCGCGGAGCUGGAUAACGUUCGUCUGACCGAAGGAGAAUGCCCCCCAGCUCCCGGCCCGUGCUACAAUCAGCUAAGCGGCCCGGCGGGAAGCCUCGAAUCGCCGCGGGUUUUGGAAAGCGACAACGACGCCUGCGUGUGGUUCAUCAGCGCCGCCUCCCAAAUGAGGAUUCGCCUCUCCCUGACCUUGAGCAGCACGACGGAGCGCAACGGCAGCGGCGGCGUCGCGGAUUCGUGCCAGGAGGAGGGCGCCGCCGUCGCUGUCGCCGUGCUGCGCUCCCGGGCGCUCGCCGAUCUGCCCAGCAAGGUGACGCCGGUGCGCGUGUUGUGCCGCCCGGAGUCUCUGGCCCUCACGGCACUGGACGGAACCGUCGUCGGGAUCAGCCUCCCCGCGUUCCAGAGCCACAAUUACACGCUGACCGCGACGUUCACGGAAAUCCCCUGCAUGGAGGAGCUGAUGGGGCCCAGCGGUGUGGUCCAGUCGUUCAACUUCCCGAGUGACUACGAGAACAACGAGAGCUGCAAGUGGCUGAUACGCGCGGUGGACGACCACAACAUCCGGCUCUCCUUCACCAACUUCAGCCUCGAGACGAACUACGACUUCGUGAUGGUGUACGAUGGCGACUCGGAUGGGUCACCUCUCCUGGGCACGUUCACUGGCCUCUCCAUGCCCGGCAACGUCUACUCGACGGGGAGCACCCUUCUCGUCGCCUUCACCAGCAACGCCUACGAGACGUUCUCAGGCUUCUCCGCGCGCUACGAGACGUUUCGCAGAUGUUCCCUGAGUCUGUACGGAGACUCGGGCAGCGUGAACAGCUCCUCCUCUGCCCAGCUGAGCUCCUUCACCACAGGCUUCUGCACGAUCACCAUCGACGUUCCGUACGGCUUCCUCGUUAAGGUGCACUUCCGCUUUUUCAACCUCUCCGAGGAUGAGCUGUGCGAGGCGUCCUCGCUAUCCCUCUACAGCGGCGGCACCGCCGCGCAGCGCGGGAACGCCCUCGGUGUCUUUUGCGGCCGGAGGCUCCCGCCCGGUGCUCGCUCCCUCUCCAGCAACAUGACCGUCGUGUUCAAAGUCAAGGGUACCCUCGCGCCAGGCCAAGGCUUUGGGUUUGAUUUUUACAAAGUCUCUCCACUGCAGGCUUCUAAAGCGUGCGGCUGGGCUCCCAUGAAGGAACGCGUGAGCAGGAAUCGGAUAGUAGGAGGCACUGAGGCGAGGCCAGGAGCGUGGCCUUGGCAGGCCAUCCUCUACUACAAUGGCAAAUUCCAGUGCGGGGGGUCCCUUCUCUCCAAUCGCUGGGUCGUGAGCGCCGCUCACUGCUUCGGAGCUAGUAGCCAAGCGGGAAGCUGGACGGUCUACCUGGGCCUUCAUUCCCGCAGCAAUCUCAAUUCCUCCACCGUGGUGGCCAGGAACGUGAGCAGGGUCAUCGUCCACGAGCGCUACAACACAACCAGCCACGACUACGAUGUCGCUCUCAUGGAGCUGUCCAGCGGCGUCUCCUUCACCGAUUACGUCCAGCCCGUUUGCCUGCCGGCCCCCUUUCAGAGGUUUCCCUACCCGGGAAAAUCGUGCUUCGUUUCCGGAUGGGGCACUCUGAGUGACGGUGGUGACCUGCCCAACGUACUCCAGGAAGCCACGGUGGCGAUAUUGAGCCACUGUGUCCUGCCGGGCGCCGGGGCGUAUUCGGCGGACCAGAUCACCAACCGCAUGCUGUGCGCCGGAUACCCCGAGGGUCAAAUCGACACCUGCCAAGGAGACUCCGGAGGCCCCAUGGUUUGCCAGGACUCCAACAGCCGCUGGUUCCUCUCAGGCAUCACCAGCUGGGGCGAAUCCUGCGCCAGAGCCAACAAACCCGGCGUCUACGGCCGCGUCACCAAGUUCCUCGAGUGGAUCCGCGUCAAAUCGCAGUAGCCGCGCACGUGCGCGGCCACGCGUCCGGCAGGCGCACGCGUGCAAUUGGCGGUCCGUAACAGCGACGGCCACAACCGUGUGAUUAAAUUAUAUUCCCUCUCGUCGAUUGCGAGAGCCAUGUGCCGAGUGAGACAAUAAACUGCUGUCGACGUUCGUACCCAC